CCUGGCGCUUCGGAGCCAGCGCUUCCCGCCUCUGUGGAGACAGCCGCUGGGAAGCUGCAAGAUGUCAUUUAUCCGAGUGAACCGCUACUGUCCCCGGGGAGGGGGAAGAAAAGUACUGAAAGUAAAGAAGAAGAACCCUUCAGUGAAGCAAGAAUGGGAUAAUACUGUGAAUGAUUUAACAGUCCAUCGGGCAACUGCUGAAGAUUUGUUACGUCGUCAUGAAAUACACAAAUCAAAAAACAGAGCGUUAGUGCACUGGGAACUCCAAGAAAAAGCUUUGAAGAGAAAAUGGAGGCGGCAGAAGCCGGACAUUUCCAAUCUUGAGAAACGGAGAUUGGCUAUCAUGAAGGAGAUUCUUUCUGAUCAAUACCAGAUGCAUGAUGUAUUGGAAAGAUCUGAUCAUUUGAUGGCUGCAGCUAAAGAUCUCUUUGUUGAUUUUCCUCGCAGGCGCACAGGGUUUCCAAAUGUAACAAUGGCUCCUGAUUCUUCUCAAAACCCCAUCGCAGUAAAUCGAGACCCUGUUACCGAGGCUCUUCUGAGUGAAUCUGUCAUUGACCCUCAGGCCCUGAAUGAAAUCGAUGAUGAAGGAAGAGAAAGAACUGUUAAUAGCCAGUCAGAAGACAGCGAGCAUGAGCUGGAAAGCACUCUAAACGCUGAGUCUGACACGAAUACAGAUAGGUUUCUUCACCAACUGAAGGAAGAGAAUUCUGAGUUAAUUAAUCAACUGUGGACUGAUAUUCAGCAGAAAAUAGCAACACAGUCACAAAGAACACCCCCUCCAGCAACUGCACUACCUGCUACGUCCUCAGCUGCUCUGAAUGCUACCAGUGCUGUCAAGCGGAUCCACACGAGGCUUCAGCCUGAAGAAUCUUCCGAGACUCUAGACUCAAGCUAUAUUGUGGGACAAGUGCUGAAUGCCAGGAAGCCCAAACAGCUGUUAAAUAAAGUGAAAAGAAAACCGGAUUUGCGUGCUCCUUCCAAGCAGAAGGAAAACAUGUUGUCAACCAGCACAACCGCUGCUGACUGUCGAACUAACAGUAGCUCCAGCCUGGAUCUCCUCAAGCACAUGAUAGAGGAGGUGGAGCAUGAGAUGGAAGAGUACGAGCGGUGGACGGGCCGCGAGGUCAAGGGCCUCCAGAACAGUCAGGGGCUCACAGGGUUCACCCUGUCGCUGGUGAGCUCCCUCUGUCGCCUGGUGCGCUACCUUCGAGAGAGUGAAUUGCAACUGCGUAAAGAAGUUGAGACAAGGCAGCAACUGGAACAAGUAUUGGUUGAUCAUCGAGAACUUAUCGAUGCUCUGACAGCGGAAAUUCUUCUUCUGAGAGAAGAAAAUACUAAUAUACAGUCAAGACUUCAGCAGUACAUGGUUACCACAGAGGAGCAGAUUAUAUCACUCACACAUGUCAUUAAGAAUUGCCCGGUGGUAAAUCACAGCAGAGAAGAAAUCCAGGCAUCAGAAAGGGGGGUCAUAAGCAGAAGAAUUAUGGACGAUUCAGGCGCCUUUCGUUUCCGAAGUCCUAAUCAGCUCUCAACUUCUUCAGAGGGUCCAGCAGUAAAUGCUACUGUUUGCAGGCCAGUGAUGUUCAGAGGGGAAGAAGCAGUGGAUUACCCACAGGAGGAGCAGCCCGUUAAACUCUCUCAGGUGCCAAACCCACCAGAGAGCGUGCCUCUGGCACCCAGUUUCCCAGCACACAUAUAUGAGCCAGCGGUGCUGUUAACCCCACCCAGGCAGAAGAACAACUCAGAAUUCUCUCCUCUGCAGGAUGUAUUAAGGAGAACUGUCCAAACCCGCCCUGCUCCACGCAUUCCUGCAACUGUGGAAAUCAUUGAGAAGGAGCAAAGUUGGGAAAAGAAGACCUUACCUCUGGGCACAGACAUCCAGAAUUCAAAUGAGGAGAACCGUCUCUUCACUCAGAGGUGGAGGGUUUCCCACAUGGGGGAAGAUUUGGAGAAUAAGAACCAGGCUCCAUUUGUCAACUUAACACAGCCCCUCUGCAGUUCCCACCCAGACCCUCGGCAGGCUAGAAACCCCCUGUUCUCAGACGAGCCUUCUGUAUUGGGAGAUGGGCAACAGCUUAGGACAAAGGAGGCCCUCGUACAAAGAAAGGACAUAAUGACACGGAUUGCUGAGUUGACCCUGCAGAAUUCCGCUAUCAAGGCACAUCUGAAUAAUAUUAUUGGCCCAGGGGGCGAGCAAGGAGAUGGACCUCGGGAGUUAAGCAGACAGGAAAGUGCGAGCGACGUGGCUGCUACUUUUCCAGCUGCACAACCUCUAUCAAGUAGCAUGGAGGAGCGCAUCGCAGAGCUGAAUCGACAGAGUAUGGAGGCUCGUGAAAAGCUCCUGCAGUUGAUAGAACAGCAGAAGCUUAUCUACGGGAAUACUGCUUCUCCAACAGUGUCGCCUGUUCCGUCACCUCUCAAAGCAUGGACUGAGGGAGGGAAGAGGACUAUUGAGGUAUCUGUUCCUGCAGCAGAAGUCCCAGAAAGCUCGAAAUGCAGUACUGUCUCACCUACCAGUGGGAUAAACACAAGAAGAUCUUCAGGGGCCGCUAGUAAUUCCUGUUCUCCAUUAGAUACCACUUCAGGAAGCGGCCGAUUUGCGUCUCUUAAUCCACGAGCAAAGAUGGAGAAACAAAAUGAAGGAGGAUGGUUUGCCCUUUCUACCCAUGUGUCAUAAGUGAAGUCACCCUGUUUGUUUUCAGUAGUUUAUUUUUGAACGUGGACUCCCGUUCCUCUGCCCCUGCUUUCAAGUUUUUAGUGUUCUUUCAGAUAAACCUGCAAAGGUCUUACAAAUUCAUACUAAUGGAGCAAAGAAAUAAAGGAUUUUUUAUAAAAAAGUUGUUGGCCUUUUCAAAUAGGUUUCAAUAACCAACUUACCUCCAAAUUCUCUGUGAAUAAAAUUUUGAUUGUA